GGUCGAAAGUGUACAUUUGCAUGCAACUAUAACAAACCGUUUACUAGCCUGAUGAUUGAUACUCCGUAACCGCCGAGGUCCUGUGUAGGUUGUGAGGUUCUUAAUUGGCUCCAGGACAUGCCAAGCGUACGCGCGAAAACGGCGUCACAAACCGCCAAAAACAGAGGUCAAUUUGCCGUUGGAUUAUUCAAGAGGAGGAAAUUAAUUAGUUAUCAAGUAAAAGAGACGACGGCACAUCGACCGCCAGAAUGGCAGGUUUGCCCACCGUGCACGCUCAUUGGUCGAUGCUCAUGAUCCGAAGAUUUCCCGGCUUCUCUGGCCAGUCCGCCUGCUUCGACUUCAUAUAUAAAACGCGCAUUCCACUAUUCCUUCUUCUGCCGUUUUAUUUCAUCGCUCCCGUCUUCCCAAACCCCUCAACUACUGCGGCGACCGAGAAUCCACGACCGCUCUUCAUCUUUCGCUUGCUCCCUGCUCCCCCUAUGUCUCUAGUAUCGCUGCAUUCCCUAGCCGCCGCACUCCCGCCUGAUCGCCGUCCCAACUAUUACACUCUGUCUACCCGGCGCUGCGAUCUCCUCUACUGGUCAUUUAAUUCUCGAGGAGCUCGUCUACCUGGAUUGCCAGGAAUCCGAAUCCGAAUCCAACCUCCUCCCUCUCCGCGCUCCUGCCCAAGUUCAGCACACGCAUGUUCCACUUCCCCCUUUAGCUCCUUGGCUUUCCGGAAGUGGUUGGUGAGCUGGAAAUCUAUUUGACACCCGGUGAUCCCGAGGGAUCUCCAACAAAAUUGCUCAUCUCGCCUAACCUGCUAAGCCCGCGUCUCAGGCAGCAGCUGGAGCGGCCGAGGGGGUAGGUAUGGCCGGAAUUCAGGGGAUGGAAAGGGGCGGAGGGACUCGCUCAAAAUCUGGGACGUUAUGGAACGAUGACGCUGUCACCAGACACACAUAAUGCAGCAUCUACCACGGUUCUGCGG